AUGCCAGCCAAUGAUUAUGAUAUACUGCCAGAGUUUGAUAUGCAGCAACAACAGCUCCUAAAUGAGUUUUCUUGCCUCUCCCAACCAUCUAUGAGUUCUAAUUCACUUAACCGUUCUGGCCGGUUGAAAACCCUAACCCCCUCAAAUCUUGAUGAUCUCUUCUCUGCUGAGAGCUUAUCACCCCGGUACUCUGAUCAAUCAUUGCAGUCAGGUGUUUUCUCUCCAACUCACAAAUCAGCUGUUCUUAAUCAAUUUCAGCAGCAGCAGAGCAUGCUUUCACCAAUCCAUACAAACUUUUCCCCCAAGAGUGUUGAUCACCCUCUAUUGCAGGCCUCUUAUGGGGUCCCAUCCUCUGGGAGGAUGUCUCCACGCAAUGUGGAACCUAUCUCACCGAUGGGCUCUCGGGUUUCCAUGCUAGCUCAACGAGAGAAGCAACAACAGUUUCGUAGCCUUAGUUCACGGGAACUCGGCUCCAACUCUGCUUCCAAUGUUGGUUCUCCUGUAAAUUGUUGGUCAAAAUGGGGAUCCUCCAAUGGAAAACCAGAUUGGGCAGUUACUACAGAUGAAUUGGGUAAGCUCCGCAGAUCAUCUUCUUUUGAGCUUCUGCACAAUGGAGAGGAGCCAGAUCUAUCAUGGGUUCAGUCACUUGUUAAAGAAUCUCCUACCGAAAUCAAAGAAAAGCUAACACCGAGCUCGGGUGUUACAGCCACUGGAUCUUCCAGUGAGGGUUCAAAUGCAAACUCCCAAAGGGAAUCGGUUGAUCAUGCUGUUUUGGGAGCAUGGAUUGACCAAAUGCAUCUGGAUCUUGUGGCCCAGCAGAACUGA